AUGAUGGAACAAACUAGCAAGAAGGACGAGCUGCAAUGGUUCCGCAAGUCCUCCCUAUCGAUGCGCCAGCAGGACGACAACGAGGAAUGGAAGAAGAGACGAGCCACCCCGCUGUCGGAGCUGCACUCGUUGGCCAGAAGGGCCACCAACACCACCACCACGACGUCCGCCAACAGCUCCUUCUUCGACGAAGGGCACACGCGAAUCAUGGCGUCCCUAGUGCCCGACGAGAUCAUCUACAACGUGGCGGACUAUUCCAAGAGGGAGUUCGAGGGUUGUCUUCUGUUCGGAGACGUGUCUGGUUUCACCGACCUUUGUGAGAAAUAUAACAAAUCCGGGAAGGGCGGCCCCUCCCGACUGACCCAAGUCCUGAACGCCUACAUCGGCGCCAUGGUUCAAGAGAUACUGUCCCACAGCGGGGACGUGCUGAAGUUCUCCGGAGACGCUUUCAUCGCAAUGUGGAAGGAGACCGACCACCUGUCCUUGAGGGACGCCGUCCACGAGGCCAUCGAUUGCGCCCUCGUCAUACAGAAGACCUACGGGACGUACCAAACUGACGUGGACGUCGUAGUUAGAGUGAAAUUGGCGGUGGCUUCAGGACGACUGACGUUCUCUCUAGUAGGCGACAGUGCGAAUUCUCACUAUCUGAUGAUCGGACAACCCAUCAUGGACAUUAAAGCUGCAGAAUCAUUAAGUUCGGCCGGGGAAAUAAUCAUCUCCACCAAGGUGUCACACCAUUUCAGCGCCAAUGAGUAUCUGCUGGAUUUGCUGCCAGACAGAUUGCAUGCCAAGGUGUUGGGAGUCGGACCAAAUUGGAGGAACAUGCAAAGGCACUACGACAAAGAGGAUCUCGAAAGAUACAGUAUCCUGAGUGCCAAUCUAAGUUUGCAAGAUGAAGAGGGAGAGUUGUUGCCAGUGUCCAGUUCGUACGAAAAAUUGGGUAGCGUGGACGACGAUACGAGGAUAGCUUCAAGAGUUGUCAACGACCAAUAUGCACUGCGACCGGCGGUGAAUUAUGCAGCAAGAUUCAAACUGAAAGACGAACUGAGACGGUUCAUCAUCGGGCCAGUGAUGAGGGGCAUAGACGCAGAAGAACCCCUGGAGUAUCUGACUGAGAUAAGACAAGUCUGCAUCGUGUUCAUCAACUGCAAAGUUGCUGCCAACAUCAGCGCAAACGACGGCAUAGAUGUCGCCAAUGACGUAUACGUGACUGUGUGCAGCGUGGUGAAAAACAAAUACGGCUGCGUCAACAAGAUCAGCAACUUCGACAAAGAUCUGAUGUUGCUGGUCAUAUUCGGCUUGAGAGGCUACAAACACGAGCUCGAGAGCCAGAUCGCUCUAAAAUGCGCUAUAGAGUGUACGGAAAAGAUCAAAGCUAUGCAGUACGUGCUAGGAAUAGCUACAGGUGUUACUACAGGAAAAUGCUAUUGUGGUGCUUUUGGACAUACUCUUCGGCGUGAAUACACGGUGAUCGGUUUAGUAGUGAACAAAGCGGCUAGACUGAUGGUCGCUUAUCCGAACAAGGUGACCUGUGACAGAGAAACCUUCUUGCACAGCAAGCUAGAGUCCAGGAAUUUCUUCUUGCAAGAGUACAAGUUUCUGAAGGGUAUUGCCAAUCCUGGACCUAUAUACGAAUUCAAGGGAGUGGAAAAGAACGCUGAAUUAUCUCUGACUACCAAUCCGCUUCCGAUUCUGGGAAGAGAACAAGAACUCGAUCUAUACAAGACGUUGUUCGAGAAAGCGAAGAGAUUGUCGUUGGAGCAAUCUGAAGAGCGUUUCCAGAAUAUGCUAAUCUUGCAAAGCGGAAAUAGACAGGGGAAAUCGAGGCUGCUAGAAGAAAUAAUCUACAUCACCGAUCCUGAUGUUCCCCUCAAUAAAAUGUCGCUAUGCGGAUUCGACUACGAGGUCCCAUAUCGAACGAUUCAAUGGAUAUUCCAGAAAUUCAUAAAUUGUAACGCGGAAACAUCGGAAGAGGAAAAACAGAAGAUAAUAAGAUCCCGGCUGAUGAAUCGCUCCACUCUGGAACCCUUUCUAUGCUUCCUCAAUCCAGUUUUCGACGUGAAUUUUCCGCUAUCCGACAACUACAAUAUGAUGGACAGAUCAUUGAAAUACGAAACGUUGCAAUACAUUUUCAGAAUUUUGUGUCGCGACGUUUUCGUAAGGUUCUGGGUGAUUGUGAUAGACGAUUCCGAAAAUGUCGACGAUGAAUCCUGGUUGCUCAUCGAUAUUCUCUUGGACCUGAAUCUGGUGUUCAUAGUGGUGACGAUGGGAAGCGAGAAAUCCUUGUCCACCUUGGCCUUGGAAAUUCUCAAAAAGGACAGGAUCAAGUGCGUGGAAUUGAAAAAAAUCGACAAGUGGUACCACGUCGGUCUAGCAUGUCAAAUGUUGGAUGUCGAUGGUAUACCGCCGGAAUUGGAAAAGACUAUCCAGACUAAAAGUGGUGGAAAUCCUGGAUGGGUUGAGAGUUUUCUGGUUAGUUUGAUGCAAUCUGGAGGACUCUACAUACACGAGAUGACUAGAAAGACAGCUUACGAGACUGGAAUCGUCAUAGCUCCUCUAUACAUGACUAUGAGGUUGUCCAAAGAAGAGAUGCGAUUAUGGGUACAAAUUAUGGAAGAGAGAAAGAUAUCUGCCGUAGAAGACAAAAUGACAACAAGGUGGAAAAUGUUCAUUGACAGUUGCAGGGAAAGUUAUCCCGAUCUGUCUGUAGCGAAAAAAUUUGCAGAAAAAAUGAAGAGCAGCGAAAUCGUCAACAUUUGUACCGUGUACAAAAACUUCAAUUUGGAAGACGUGGAUCCCGAAUCGGCAAUCGACGUCAUCAUUCUCAAAACUUUCGACGCCCUUACUUCAUACGAACAACUUUUGUUGAAGUGCAGCGCCAUACUGGGCGACAUUUUUCCCAGAGACAUGUUGCUUUACAUAAUGUCCUCUUCCGCGAUCAGGAUCACGGCGUUAGCUGUGCAGAAACUGUUCGAGAUUCACGUGCUGAGUUGCGCCAAAGGAAACUUCAUAGAAGGCGGUUUGAGUUUCAAAGAGAGACUGAUCAAUCCGAACGAAGAUAUGUCGGUUAAAUGCGACUGUAAAGGCUUGAUUAUCGAUGAAAGUUGCACGGAUUUGCCAAAAUACGCUUCUUGUGGGUACUUGCGUUUUCGGUCGUCGGAAUUUCGCGAGACCACAUACAACCUGCUGACUGACAAUCAGAAAAGGGAAUUUCACGAAAGAGCCAUCCGCUAUCUGGAAAAGGAGACUCGCAGAUGCAGGGCAUGCGGCAACGGCUACUUCGUCCGCCAAAUGGGCGGCGGCAAGAUCGACUACAGCCUGCGCUUCAUGAAGCGCAAAGCCAAGAACCGCUCUGUCGUCACCGAAACGUCCAGCAUGAACGAGAACUUCGGCGCGGCCAAGCUGCUGCAGCGCGCCAGCUUCGUCAGCUCGGAGAGCUUUCAAUCGACGAGCAAGUCCAAGGACUUUUCCAGGCAAAGGGAUACGUUUUCGUUGUUCAGCGCUGUUAGUAAUGCCAACGCGGAACAAAACGCCAGCCUUCCGGAUUCACAUCACGUAUUGACCAGCGGCCAAGAACUCGGUCUAACCACCAUCCGUAAACUCAAAGAUAACUUCAACUUGAUACGUACCUUCUCUUCAACCGACUAUACUCAGUGCACUUGUCUGUUGGUGCUCAACACCAUGUAUUCGCAGCUGAUCGAACAUUGCAAAGGGGCAGGUCUGGUAGAAAAAAUUAUGAACGCCACUGUGGAAUACUCGUACGUGUGCAUCGACUGUCAAAAUAUACCCCAGGCAAUCAAAGUGCUCGAGGAAGCUUUGAUACUUCUAGAGGGACCGAUGAAGGACCAGAUAGAGCUGGAAUGGAUGGUAGCGCUGAAGCGGGGCAAACUUUUGGCCCUUCUAGGCCUAGCCCACAUGCAAAUGGACGACGACCAAUGUCUGGACUACUACUUGAACGCCCUCAAGUGCUACGGCGUCAACUUCCCCAAGUCCAGGCUGUCCAAGUCCUUCCACAAGUGCCGAUUCCGGUUCCGGAACGUGUUGCGUUACCUGUCCACCAACACUUCUUCGAGAAAAGUCGACGACGACAUUGCCGAGUACUGCAACAACGUGUCAGAGUGUCUGUCGUUUCUCUGCAAGUUUUAUAUAAAAAAGCAAAAAUGGGACGAGGCGGAAUUGGCAGCCCUUUGGAGCUUAUCCAAGGCUGUGGAGACAGAGACUGACUUCGAAAAACUGUGCAUCGCCUACGCCAAUCUCAUAUUCGUCUCUAGCAACAUCGGAUGCCACCAGAGAUGCGUGGCCUUGGAAGUUUUCGCUUUGAGAACUUGCCACAAGAAGAUCAGCUACGUGGAACUCGAAGAGUUGAAGGCCAUAUCUUUCUUGUAUUUCACAAUCAGCAGGGGAAGGUUGAGGAGGGCAGAGACAGAGAAAUUCUUGCACAUAGCUUACGUCGUAUGGAGAGUGUCGACUUCCUCUCAAACCGAGCUGCACGUUUUCCGGAUGCUACCCCUGCUGUCUUACAUCGUUUUGCUUCGGAAGCAACUGCUCGAGUUCAGCAAUAUGCUGCAAGAAAUCCAGUAUUUGCUCGAAACUGACACUGAUAAUUCCCAAAAGGCUUGGUAUUACGCUCUGUGCCUGGUGUGCCAUUUGGAAACCGGACUACAAGCAGAGCCGUACUCCAAGUGCAUGAAAUUCCUGCAAGGAGAAGGCCUAGAACCGGCUAUAAGGGACCCUGAUGGCAAAACCCGUUUGAUUAUCUGCAUUUGGCUUUGGGAAAUAAGAAAUGAGAAUUGGGAGGCUGCUACAGGGUGGCAAAAGAUGGCAUGGUCCUUCAGGAUUUACGACAUGGGAGAGUCCAUCCAGAACCUGAUUACUGGUCUCUAUUUGCUAGAAGGGCUGCUCAUCUAUUUCGUCCACAAAAUGGACAACAAGAACCUUAAGGAGAUUGCGAAAGCGGACGCUAAGAUUACGGUGCUUUUCAAGCUGUUCGAAAAUGCCACAAAAUACUGCAAAAUUAUCACCCCCAGGUUAUAUCAUAUGAAGGCGUACUAUAGGGUGGCCAAAUUCAACGAUUACAAGGGAGCCAUCAGGCUCUUGAAAAUCGGCCGCAAAUACGCAGACUUGUAUAUGAACGACAUGGAGACCACUUACAUGAAACACAGCGAAUUGGCUUGGUGUAGAAAAUUGACAAGAGAAGAAGCCGAAUUUUGGAAAGACCAUUGCGAUGAAGAUAACAUGAUUGAUGUUCAUGAUGUCGAUUUCGUUGAAAGAUAUGUACCCUACACUUUA